AUGUCUUCGUCACCAAUCGACGUGACGAGUUCGUCACGAUUGUCGCCGGUCCUGGUCAGGACGAAGCCAUGUGACGUCAGGUUGUCAUCGUCCGAAGUCACCAGGAAGAUGACAUCUCACGAUGUCAGGAGGUUGACGUCGUCACCUGUCACCACGGACGGGGUCACGUCGCCACCGCAUAGGCCGUCUCCUGUUAGGUGCUGUGAUACUGGUCGACCUCUAUACAUGGACCCCAUCACCGGCCACACGAUAUGUUCCUGCCAAUACCCGCCAACGUCCCAAAGUUUUCCUCAUUCCGCCUUGGACAAAACACCAGGAAUACCAACAAGUGAAAACAGGACAAGUGGUGGCAGUCCAAUAGUAAACUCCACGAGCGGAGGAGUUUACACGAGUACACCAAAUAGUCCUGGUUCGAGUCCACACAGUAGAAUUCCUCAUAAUCUAACGAUGCCAGGUGGUCUGCCUUUGCCUGGAUCGUUAGGAGCGCCUUUAGGAGCCCCUUUAGGGGCGCCAAUGGGUGCAGGACCUUUGAGCGGGUCCAUGGGUCCAUCGAUUGGGGGUUCAUUGGGAGCAAUACCCGUAGGGUAUCCUUUGGGACCUUUAGGAGGCUAUGGACAAGAAGCUGCCUUGGCAACGAUGGCUGCAAUGUACUUUCCCAACGCAUACGGGAAUUCUGAUCCUGGCAAAGAAGCCUACUAUCCUCCAGCAAUGGGAGCCUACCAUCCUUACCACGAUUUUGCUGGUUAUCCAUUCAAUGGGUACGGAAUGGAUUUAAACGGGGCCCGACGCAAAAAUGCAACCAGAGAAACGACAUCGACCCUGAAGGCCUGGUUAAACGAACACAAGAAAAAUCCUUAUCCGACCAAAGGCGAAAAAAUUAUGUUGGCCAUCAUUACUAAAAUGACACUGACACAGGUGUCAACGUGGUUUGCAAAUGCCAGGAGAAGAUUAAAGAAAGAAAACAAAAUGACAUGGGAACCCAGGAAUCGUGUCGACGAUGACGAUGAUGAUGAGAGAAACGAUGAAAGGAACAACGAUGAAAACGAUGACAACAUGCGAAGUGACGAUCGUUUGGACGACAGAGGACCUGGUGAUGAAAAACGAGACUGCAAAGAUUCCAAAGAUUCCGGGACAGCCUCCUCCGACGACGAAGACCUGACCAACCACCACCGGAACCCGUCCCACUUCAUCAACCACCAUCAAAUGGGUCACCAACUUCACCAUCCAAACCAUCAACUACCACCAGUCCCGCCAACUUCAUCAAGUCUAAUGCAGAGUGGCCAAAACCCUCACCUACUCGGCAUAAACUCAUCGUUCCAGCUUUUCCAAAACCAACUUCUCAUCAACAACUCCUUGCUCCUGAAUCAGGAAACCGAACGCCAGAAGGAGAUAGAAUCCAGGGACGAAGUCAAAAGUGAUACCAAACUAGAAAUGUCAACAAAAAAUAUACAAAGUGCAAACAAAUCCAAAAUCUGGUCCUUGGCAGACAUGGCGAAUAAUUCUAGUGAUCAGAAUCAGGAGUACGCGAAGAAGAUUUUGCACCAGAGGUUGGCACAGUAUACGAAUGCGUAUCACAAUAGGGAUAAUUUUGGAUUUUUGGAAGCUUAUUCUAGGAAUAUUCAGCAUGCUGGACAUGCUAGUAAUGCAGGAGAAGCCCCAAGUGAGGGAUUGGUGCGGCAGCAACAGAUUUCGCCUAAUUGCUCGUCUAAUGAUAGUUGUAAACAAUAA